AUGUCCGUUCCGGCUCAGGAAAACAACGGCUCCGAGAAAAACGGCCGGUACAAGAUAAAGUGGGUAAAAAGGGCAGAGGCGGACGGCAAACGGGAAGACAAUCGAGGCACUUGGGAAAUUAGGAAGAAUGAGACAAUGUGCGAUGCCGCACCAAGAAACGUCCUAGGUCAGGAGAUUCGGUCGGAUUGUUCUGCAGAAGACUUAACUGCACUCCUCACUCGUCCGCGUGGACGGGGAGGAGUAGGCAAGGUUGGUGACUAUCGGGUUAAGUCCGUUACGGCUCAGGAAAACAACGUCUCCCAGAAAGCGGCCGACAAAAGAUAA